AUGGAUAACAAGCUGCAUUUCGAAGUCUGUCGCAAAAAAUCGCACUACUUUCUCGAAGUGAGUCCAACCGACGACAUCGAAGAGCUGAAACGCCAACUCGAAGGUAUCACAGCGGUAAGAAUGAAGUUGUUUGGCAAAGCAGCAUGAGAAAUGUUAAAGAUUCCGGUGAAAAACAUGUGGCUCUGGAAACUGGACAAAGAUGGCAACAAAUUGGAAGCCCUGAGCAACCAUGUCACGUUCCAAGAGUACGGAUACAAUCAACGAAACGCUAUGGUGAGAAGAAAAUAAUGAAAUUUGAGCGGAAGAUAUUUUUGUAAACAAAUAGAUGAAAUUUUGAAUAAUUUUCCGAUAAACAUGCAACUUGAGCAGUUUUCACGUUUAUAACUAAAAUGUACAGGCUCAGCGACCUGCUCUCAUCGGUCUCCGCGUGAUUAAUGAGGAGAGUGAGCUGAAGAUCGACCAUUUGCCAAAAUUCGAAGGAAUCGCACGUAACGGAGACUCGAAUGCUUCUACCCCCUCGUCCACUUGA